UCCCCUGUCUCAGCUUAAAACCAUUCCCCCUUGUCCUAUCACUAUCCACCCUCACAAACAAUCGAUCCCCCUCCUGUUUAAAUUGACCCCCCUCCUGUUUAUAAGCUAUGAAGUUUAGACCUGCAUAUUUAACAGCAGAAUAGCAUUGUGAACUUUUGUGACAGUAAUAAAUAUAGGCAUGGAUUUUUCCAUUCCAACUUGCAUAGCCUCUAGGCAACCUUACUUUGUUUACCAAAUGUGUCUGCAGAUCACAGCUGUGAAAGAGUUGUAGUGCCCUGUCUUGUGGACAAAGGCAGGUAGGUAGAAGUAUGAACAUCUGUUUCAGAUCCUGUACCAGCAAGUGACUGGACCGAGUAGAUACUAAGAGCAAUGGUCUGCAAGCAGUGUGCCCCAGGUUAGAGAGGAUAUUUGGGCUGUGCAAAUUGCUCAGGAUUGUGCUAGGACUGUUGGAGAAAAGCAACCCUGAGCCAGGAUCUGAGGUCUGGUACUGCAUGAGCAGGGGCUUGCCCCCUGAGAAGAGUGAUAAUGAAUGUAGCUGCAGUCUUGCCUUAACUCUAAUUUGGCUUAUGCAGUGCUAUAUUUCAGGAGGAAUUUGACUGAAAGCAAGUUGAAGUGACCCUUAGUUUGUCACUGAAUGGUUGAAGAUAAUCUAGAUAACUGUUGGAUGAAAUAGAAGCAGCUUCUGCAAAUAAGAAUGUUGAUCCUGACUUUCCAGUAGCCUAGAAAAACCACAGGAAGGGUAACAGAACUACUGCAGUCGUUACAAUUAUGAUACUUUAAUGCAAGCUUGAAAAUGGGAAUCCUCUUCUAUUAAAAAAAGAAAGAAAGAAAUAGCUAAUGAAUGCAAGCCAACUGAGCUACUUAAUUCACCAAAAUGGGAAAACAGACCUAGCCCUGGGGUCUUCUUCAGACUUUCCCUUUAGAAAGGCUUCCUAAUGGCUGCCUGCCUCAAAAGUUGUGUUUAGGGCCAGAGCAACGAAUCAGUAUUGACUUCUUGAAGAGAGAACUGGUGUCUGAACAAAAGGAGUGGAACAAUUUGUCAAGAAUCUUUGUAAAUGCAGAUAUCUUCUCAGGAGUUUUCUGUCCUAAUAUGAAUUUAGGAUUGUUGUGAAUAAAGUGGUUUGUGUUUUCUUGUCAGUUGUCUUGGUAACUGAAAAAGUUGCUUUGUAGGAGAAAAGGUGAAGACCAUGGUUGGCUAAUUGAUCACUGAUGAAGUGACAUCAUCCUGGUCUGCAAAUGUAAAAGAUAAUGUAAUUUCAUGCCAUGACUUGAAGCAAGUGCGUGUUGCAGACAGUGCCUCGCUUGCCAGGUUUCAGGAGCAACUAGGAAAAUCAUGGUGCGCGUCUGAAUGUACAUUAUUUCCAACAAAGACUGGUAAAUUUUGCCUCUCUGCAAGAUGAGAUGCUUUGACUUUUGUGACACCAAUUUAGGCUCUUUCAGGUCAGAGGAACGCCAUUCCGUUUACCCAGGGGAGUUACAGGCCAUUCUUGGAGCUUAAGGGCUCAGUUCUUGAGACCUUUUGUGCUAUUAUGUCAUCAGUUUAACUUAUAUGGUAAUCUGUAUCCAAGACUAUACUCUCUUGCUAAGAACAAGCUGGCCUUGUAACCCAAGCUGAGUGUACUCCUGAGUGCUCAGAAGCAUGGUGCCUACAUUAUUUUCAUGAGGUGACUGCCAUGCUUCCUUAACUGUCUAAGUGCAAAGACACCAGUUCAUCCUUCCUGUGCCUACUGAUCUAGCUAGGCGGGUCAUACCAUAUAUUGCUCAGGAGGCAGAUGGGUACAGAUAUUGAUCCCCAAAUGCCUGUUCCAUUGCAGGUUUAACAAUAAUUUGUUAUUAAGAAAGAAUGCCUAGCAGCUAAGUGAAAGAGAUAUUCAUGGAAUUGUCAGCAGAGGAGUUCUACGGUAGACGAGAACAAAGCAGUCAGGUUAUGGUGCUUCCUGAGAGUGGUUUCUAAAUCUACAGUGGUCUGUCUCAUGAAAUUUGUGGAUCACAAAGGCACAAUUACCUUAUUUAAGACCUUUAGGGGGGAUUUUCUUCCAGAAGAGUAAUUAAACUCUUUAAAUGUGCAAAAUAUUUGACAUUUUACAUACUUGGCUGCAAGGAGUCCCAUACCUUACUUGAAUAUUCAUAUGACAGAGUAUCUUCUCAUUCUUCUUUUAAAGUUGCUACUCUUAUUUGAAGUUGUAUAAUUCUUCUAUUAGAAGAUAUAGUGAAUAGUCUUUACACAUUACAUCGUAGGCCUCCUUGUGUACCUUUUUCAGGUUGCAGAAUCCUGAUGUGUUCAGGCACCACAGGCACAGAAGCUGUUUUGUUCGUUUGGACUGUUGUGUUGCUUCUUUCAGGACGUUUUACAAUUCCUCUGCAUCAGCUUUGAGAUGGAGAAAUGGGUGGAGAACUUCAUACAGUAUUCAGGAUACACGCAUGAUAUGGAAUAAUUGUGAUACAUUUGUUUGCUUUUUGUUUCUCUACUCUCUGUGCAAAAUAUUCCUAGCUUUUCUCUUUUUGUUGUUUUUUUGUCUGCUACUGAGUUGAUAUCCUUGUAGGAGAUUCUCCCUCAGUCUUAUUCCUGAGAAAAGUAACCAACUUGACACCUGUAAUUUUAUAGGUGAGAGUGUUCAGAGAUUGCCAUGAAGCCUCCAUGUCAUGUAUUCUUCCAUCUGUGCCAUGAUAGUCACUAGAAAGGGCUCUGCCUCUGAGUGCUUGGGACUACCUGAAAUAUUCACACCAUCUACGCCACCUAGGUCAGAAGCUGACCUUCCCAAGAAGGCAAUAUUCCAGUUAUUUGUCUGUGGACUUGAUGUAAGGUGGAAGCAAAAGCUUCAGCCACACAAGAAGUACUUGGAACAGCAUGUUUCUUAGCUGGUGAUUCCUGAGUUACAAAGGAUUCAAAUGAAGGCUAUUCAAGAGUAGGGAAAGAAUCCCUAGAUGUUAGAAACUUUAUUUCAGCAAAGCAAACGAUAAAGCCUCAAGACUAUGCUGAGAUGCCGCACAGUGCGUUGUGGAGUUCAGGACGAUACAUCUCCCAGACAAAAGACCCUCCUGCUGAACUCUCACUGGUAUCCAAAGAUUGUCUGACAAGAGCCGCAACACUGUCUCUUACAACGUAUGCGUGCUUUUGGUGAGAAGAAACCCAAACCCGAUACUGACUCAGAUGGACUCAGCAGGGAGGAAUGUGAAGCCGUGGAAGAUAGCCGUCAUCAUUGUGUCAGUGAUAAUUGGUCUGACCCUCAUCAUUGGCUUGAUUUCUUAUUUUUUGUGCCACUAUCAGGACCGAUACUACAAUGCAACUUUCCUUAUCACCAAUGUCCCGUAUGACCUUCAAUAUGGAAGGCAAACCACGGAGGAGUUCAGAUACCUGAGCCAAGAGAUUGAAACCAUGAUGUCUAGAGUAUUUAAGGGGUCCUUUUUGAGCCGCAAGUACAUCAGGUCCCAUGUUGUUGCUAUAAGCCCAGAUCCUGGUGGAGUGCUUGUAUCUGUUGCUCUGGUAUUUAAAUUUGCCUCAGCUGACAGUAAGGCAACAAGCUGGCGUCAUGUCAACAGUGUGUUACAUAGAAGGCUUGAAACAAGCUCAACGUUCUUGAAUGUUGACCAGUCUACCAUUAAACUCACAGAAUUGAAUAAGGAGAAUGGAGAUCACCUUUUAAACAACUUCUGUGGAAUACGAAAGGAGGCAUUCUCCUUCUCAGGAGUGGAAAGAAUAACUGAUGGGCAGCGUGCACAAGAUGGGGAAUGGCCAUGGCAGGCUAGUAUUCAGCUUGAUGGGACCCAUUACUGUGGUGCAUCGGUGAUCAGUAAUACGUGGCUAGUGACUGCAGCCCAUUGCUUUAAAGCAGGAAGAGAUCCUCGGAGAUGGACUGCCAGCUUUGGAAUUCUGCUGAGACCUCCAAAACAGAGAAAAUAUGUCAAAAGAAUUAUCAUUCAUGAAAAAUACAAUGUCCUUGUCCAUGAUCACGACUAUGACAUAGCUCUUAUGGAACUUGCCUCCCCUAUUGAAUUCACAAGUGACGUGCACAGUGUCUGUCUUCCUGAAGCAUCUUAUGUAUUACGGGAUAAUACUUCCUGUUUUGUCACGGGUUGGGGAGCUUUGAAGAAUGAUGGCCCUGGAGUUAAUCAGCUUCGACAAGCAGAAGUAAAAAUUAUUAGCACUGCGAUUUGUAAUAGACCACAAGUGUAUGCUGGAGUGAUAACACCAGGAAUGUUGUGUGCUGGAUACUUAGAGGGACGGGUGGAUGCUUGCCAGGGUGACUCUGGUGGGCCACUGGUGAAAGCAAACUCCAGAGGAAUCUGGUAUCUCGUGGGAAUAGUAAGCUGGGGUGAUGAAUGUGGCAAGCCAGAUAAACCAGGAGUGUACACACGAGUGACUUCUUACCGAGACUGGAUCGCUUCCAAAACAGGCAUCUGAAACCUGUGGUUCUUUUAAGAUUUGUGGGCUGUGUGAAAGGCUAUUCCUCUGACACAUUCUACUCUGUGGUUACCCUCUAAACAGCUGCUGCAGUGGCAUGUGGUUAUGUAUCAAGUGCUGGCAAGCUUGGAGUAGUCUAGGACUUGAAAUUGGUUUGGCCUACAACCAAAGAGGAGUGGACUCAAUCAUGUGACAUAGCAGUUUGUUCAGGAAGUACUUUGUCAAAGGGACAAAGAUUUUGGUUUCUCUGCAGCAUACAGACCCUCUUUUCUAUGUUCAAAUCUUCUGCCUGCUACUUUGUGGGCAAAGCAUGAGCCCACAAAUCCAUUUACCAAGAUCUAAGAACAGUUGUAACUAAAAUGCGACCCAUCCAUCUGCUGUGUGCUUCUAUGGCCCUGCCUGUCUGUAGACCAGCUACCAUCGAGUCCCUGACUCCAAGGCUACUGCACUUCUGAAUUCUCCUUGAGCUUUUUUCCUGCAUUGUUCCAUGGAGUGUAUGCUAAUAAUGAACAGAAGAGGGCUUAGAGAACUUGCAGUUCCUAGUAUCAUGUCAGACAGUUACCUAAGUGAAUUGAGAAGUUUUUUUUUGCUGUGUCAUCCUGAGAAAGUGGUCGCUGAGAAAAGCCAGCUUCUGUCCAUCUCCUUUGAAUGUGUCUACUUCCAGCUUCGUAUGAACAGCCCCUCCUACAGCAUUUGCCAUGAAAGUUGUUGUGGACUUGAGACCAAAUAAUACUUUGUGUUCACACUAGUUUAUUGUUGUACGUUAAUAUCUGACUGAAUGAAAUUCCAUUUUAAAACUUUCCAGAUUGUAUUGUUUUUAAUAAAAGUCCUAAGCUUUUUGUGCAGGUUUGUAACAAUCUCAGUAUGAGCAUUGCCGAAAACAAUCUGCAAAACCUGCUUAUUCUCAUGAAUGGUGUUCUCAAGUCUUACUAAUAUGUAAAACUCUGUAUGUAUCUCUUCAGAUGCGUUGAAAAAAAAAGAAAAAAGAAAAAAAGUCUGUGUCGUGGUGGAAAUACCUAUCUACGUGUCUACUUCAGAACAAAGAAUAACCCAUAAGUUAAAGAUCUUUUUCCUGUCAGGAAUUAAUGCCUGUGCCUUAUGGCUAGACCACAGAUAACCCACCUGAUCUCAUGAACUUCAUAGUCUCUCUGCCUUCAUUUUCAGGAGCUGAUGUUUCUCAAACUUCCUACACCCUAGAAGCGGAACGUGCCUAUUCUUGAUGAGGAUGCCUUCCUUAAUGCAUUUGCAGAGUCUUUCCAACAUUUUUUUCUGGUUGCUAAUUCUGACAACAGCGAGUGAUCUUAAUUGCUAGAUACAGGAGCCGCUCAUCUGCUCUUGAUGGUCAGAAGAGGAAGAACUCAGCAUAGGAAAUAUUAGCCACACUGCCAAGACUGAUCCAGUGUGACACACAAGCUGGGCCAGAAAAUACAAAGGAGCAGGCUUUUGGGCAUCUUCAUAGUUAAAAGAUCUGGGGAUAGGAGGCCCUCACUGAUUAUACUCCUAGGAUUUAAGUGUUGUCCAAAUUCAGUACAGGUCAGUUAACAUCAUCAGUGUUAAUCCUAGGGAUCCUUUUUGGUCUAUGCAGCUUGCUUCAAGCCCUGUCCGACAGAGCAGCAGCCCAUCAAGUUAAUGGAAGUACUUUAUUACAUCUCCUGUGAUUUAGGUGCCUGCAAGCCCAGUGAACCAUGCUUUAUCUUUACUGGAGGUGUGGGUUGUUAGGACUCCCAGAGAAGAUUUGCGUGAAGGAGAAGGGUCUGAAGCUGUUGUUCUCCGCUUGUAUAUAUUGUGAAGACCCAGCAUUUAAAAUGUGCUCCUAGGGAGCUCUUUGUAUGGAAUGCUGUGUGAUCCAGAAAUAAAACUUGGGGCUUAAGUUUUAGGUAGGGAAUAAAAAGUAUCAAAGUGGUUGCAUAGGUUUGAGGCAGAGAAAUCUCAUUUUAGUCCCUUAAGCAGAACUUGGAUUUGAAUUACAUUGCCUGUAUAUUAUGCAUGAAAAAUGUAAGGUUUUUUUUGCUGAUAACUGUACCCAGACAGUGAGUCACCUUGAAGAAAAGCAUUACUACAGGACUCCAUGGCUUUUCAGUUCCCAAAGCACUUAUACUUGGGUUUUCAAAGGACAAAUUUCAUUGUAAUUUGGGAACAUAAUAUUUUUAGACCGGCAAAUCUCAACUAUUUCACUGUUUUCCAAAAAACAGGUAAGCAGAUGUCCAAAGGAUUCCUUUUGAAUUUUUGAACUUUCUAGUUGCACUUGAACAAAAUGAGAAAGCGUCGUGCAUUUUGCUCUGUGCAAAGGGAUGCUAUGAAUGUAAUUCUCCAAAGUAGUGCAAACAAAGCUGAAAAAGCGAACUUAGUGUUUGCCUUGAUUUUUCCAAUUCUGAGAAUCCAUCUGGAGAGAUCUGGUACAUGAUUCAUCUUAACGUUGAGUACCAACACAGUGUAGCCAGGAGUGGGACUGUAGAGGAACAGAUGCCUACACAGUGUGUCUUGGGAGCAUUUUUUUGGAUUCCAGUUUUCAUGAUAGCAGCUGGAACAAGCUUUCUUGUCUGGUAUCUCCUGGAAGCAGUGUAGUUUCCUUUAAGGCCUCUUGACUGUGCAAAGCUGCAUAAAUGCAAAUGCUAUAAGAUUGCUUCAAAGACUGCCCCUCAUCCACAGGAAUGCUGGUGCAGAUGGACCUGAUGGAUCCACAUCCCUUUCUUAUGGAAAAACUACAUUGAUGUCAGCAUUGUCUAGCUUUUCUUGAGAGAAAUUGUGGAAACCUGAAAUAUUACAGGCAGCAAAAAUAUUGUUUGGUUUAGGUGACCUAGCAGAUAGGUAUUUUUUUUCUAAGCUGAAGUCUUAAAGCUUGUUGUUUCAUAAAAAAUUAUCUGUUCUCUGCCAUGUUUUUGUUUGAAAUUAUCAUCAAGGUGGAAUGGGAUGCAUCUAACUAUAGAAUCAGACGUGGCACACAGGAAUGUAAUUUAUGUGUUAAUUUAAUAAAAACAGUUAAAAAUAA